UUUCACCAAGACACAGAAACUUCUCUUUUGUAAAGAGAACAAUGGCCGCCAGCCACAUCCGGUCGAACAGUUUGCCUUCUAGCACUCACCCUCUAAGCAAUACCGUCGAGGAGCAGUUGCAAAGGUUGAGAUCCUCCGAAGCAACAUCCUCGUCCUCAUCAGUGUGCCAAAAGUUGGGAGGGCUCAAGGAUCUUUAUGACAGUGUAGAUGAUUGGCUUCAGCUGUCCCUCGCCCAACAGGCUCUGUCCAACCAGAACAACAGGCAAUGCGCAGAAGACUUGUUGGACGGGUCUCUGCAGACAUUGGAUGUCUGCGGAACCCACCUUGAAGUCCUAUCACAGAUGAAGGAAAGCCUCCGAGAAUUGGAAUCUUCUCUCCGGAGGAGGACUGCCUCGGCAAAUGAACUCGGCGUCUACACUGCAUCGAGAAAGAAAAUGAAGAAAGUCAUCUGCAGGAUGUUGGAGAGCUUGAAAAAGAUGGACAAGAAGCAAAACAUCCUAAAGGACACCCAGGUAGAGCAAGAAGCUUCUCUUGGCAUGCUAAGAGAAGUCGAACGGAUCAGCAUUUCAGUGUUUGCGUCCCUUCUCUGCUUCCUUUCUAGGCCAAAGACAAGAUCCAAUGGCUGGUCUUCGGUUUCGAAACUUGUGUCAUCUAAGCGCGUUUCCUCUGAAGCGGCUGCAGAUGCCAGUGAAGUAGAAGAGUUGGACAGUGCAUUGCUUCUCCAUAAAUCUGGCAAAGACAAUAAUGCUCUAAUGCAUGAUGUGCAGAAACGAGUGGAGGCAUUAGAAUCAAGCAUUCGGGAAAUCGAGGAGGUCUCUGAAUGUGUUUUCAGGUGUUUAGUGAAAACGAGAGUGUCCCUUCUAAACAUUCUCGACCACUAGACAGUUUAUUGUUCUUGGAUGGGAGAUAUUCAUUAGGAUUGAGGGCAUUCCAUCAACAGUUUUGUAGCUUGUAUAGUGAAACAUUAAACAUAAAAGCAAGAGUCGACUGAUUUAUGCUAAAUCAAAUACUGUUCUA